AUGGAAGAAGAAUACAACAUGGCUGACAAUGUCAAGCUCAUUCUCCCUGCUGUGGAGAUUGUCCAUAUCAAAAUGGACGAAGUCCAUAAGGGCAUGCCUCUUAGGGAUGAAGUCUUUGCUGACCUUUCAGCUGUUAAAGCUAAAGUUAAAGAGGUCAAAGAAGAGCUCUCCUCGGUGCAAGCAGCCGUGCGUAUCAACAUUAAGGCCGUAUCUACUUUAACCAGCAAGGUCGAUAAAGCGAAUGCCCAGGGGGAGACAGAGUUAAAUGUUGAUGUUGCUAUUGUCCCGACGACUCAAAUUGAAACUGAAGCUCCUAGAGCCAUAGCUAAUGAAGUUGAGAUUGUUGAUGAAAAUCCAACUUCCCAUGAAGCUCCUAAAGCUGAGGUUGUUGAUCAAAUCAUCAGAGCUGGUGCUGAAGCUCGUGACGAAGACCUUCCUAUCACCUCUGCAGCUGAUGCUGGUAAUAAUGAAGAUGAUGAUAAAGAUGAUGACGAUGAAAACAAUGAUUCUCCCAACCUUCCUGAUGCUGGAAAGGACUUUGGUGAUGAUGAUGAUGAUGAUGAUGAAGACGAAGAUGAUGACAACUUCACCAUUCAGUAUCAGAAACAUGCCAAUGCCACGACAGAAGUUUCUCUCAGGUAUUCUGCAUCCAAGGGAGAGAAAGAGAAGGAGACCUUAGAGAAGAACCACAACACCAAGUCAAAAGGCAAAGGUGUUGCUGAAGAAGGAAACCUCAAUGUACUCUUCAAACCCGUUGAGCCAUUAAGUACUGAAUCCUCCAGACUUGAGGCACUCAAGGCUGAGGAAGAACUCAGACUUCAACGACAACAGACUGAGGAUGACAUACAGUUGGCCAAGUCUCUUGCUGCUAAAGUUCUUCCGAAGAAGAUGUCUAAAAAGAUGAAGAUGAGCAUGAAAAGGCGAAGAAGCUGGUCGAGCGAGACAGAAAAGGGAGCGAGGGAUGUCUGA